UCGCUCAACGUAUGACCUGGAGACGAGCGUGGAGAUAGAAGCUACAGGAGGCCUGGUACACUCACACACCCACACCCAUCCGUCAGGUGUACCAGCCGCGUUGAUGUCACACGGACGUUCAGCCACCAUGCUAGCAGUACAGAAACUCACGGAGAGAGUGGAGCGCCCUGUCUCAGCCACGAGAUAGAAGCUACAGUAGGCCUGGUAAACUCUCAUACACAUCCAUCCGUCAGGUGUCCCAGCUGCGUUGAUGUCACACGAACGCUCAGCCACCAUGCUAGCAGUACAGAAACUCACGGAGAGAGUGGAGCGCCCUGUCUCAGUCAUAGCUUGAAAUUUGCUAGAAAGUAGCACCUUUUCGGGGAUUAUCACACAAGGUAUGAAGAUGUAUGUUGGAUCAACAAUCCUGUCAGACAUCAAUGUAACAUGUUUCAUUCAUCCAACGACAUUCAACAUCAACGUACUCAGGAAGGCGACAGCCAUGAAUGAAACCUAACGUGAUUCAAGGAGAAAUCUGAAAGCCACCCCAAGGUAAAGUGUGGGCAUAACGGAUGUGCAUUAUUAUACAUUUUCUGUCAGUGUGACAUCCUUUAGCUGGUUUCUAUCUUUAGACACUUUGAGCUUUGAGCACGCGUUACACAAUAAAUGUUGUGACUAUGUCCCACGAUCAGUAAAACAUGUUUACGUGGGAAUAAUAGGACCUUGAAUGAGAGCCAUGUACACCUGCAGCAGCUUGUAUAUGUGUGGUACUCGUGACAGCAUUCGAGUCGCCAUGUCUAAACUAUGUACGUUUCUCCGCCAUUUUGGUGUUGUCGCGUGUAUCAUACAGUUCUGUAUUUUGUUACCGUUUUUAUGUCGAACACUUCCUUUCUCUACCUACUACGGCGUAACGUCAGGACGGAUUAACUUCCAACAGAGAGCCAAGAUGUUAAAUGAAGACAGGGUUAAACAUGCCAACCUGUACUUCAAAAAUAUGAUGGCCAGUGAAAGUUACCGUCACUACCAUUCCAUUGGAAACGGCACCCACAUGUAUUUAGCUGUGGCUGUAGUCACAGUGAGACGCUCGGGUGUUAAGAGAGUGAACGAAAGUAUGGGGUAUGUUCUCCAAACUGCAGCUGGAAUUGACAGUUUUGCAAGAAGCAGAAACUUUAUAAACAGGACAUUUGUAUUUAUCUGCAAUGUUGAUUCUCAACCCCACAAGCACGAAGAGGCGCGUUUUCUGGAACCGUACCUGCCGUUUACUAAAAGGUAUGGUUCAUCGAGUUUCAGUGUUAAAGAUAUACAGCUCCCGCAUUCAGACCUCACGUACGAUGAAAAAAUGCAUAAAAACACUCGCGAAAAGGAAACUUUUGACUAUUCGUACUGUUUAAAGGUUGCCGAGUCGUUUCAUCCCGAGUAUGUACUGAUGGUUGAAGAUGAUGCCGUUCCUCAUACAGAUUUGUCCAGCGUUCUGGAAUAUUCACUAGAUAAUCAUUUAGUCGAUAAAUCAAAAGGUACACCUGUGAAGAAGAAGUUCGCCUUCCUGAAACUCUAUUACCCAGAGAAAUGGCAAGGAUUUGCAUUCGAGCUACCAAGGGUUUUAGAGCUGAUCAGUAUAGGUUGUGUUGGUGGAGGAGUAAGCCUUUUGUUUGGACUCAUGGUACGGAGCUCCAAGACAAAAUUGACGCAUUGGACCAUGUGUCAAUAUUUUGUAAUAGGAGUGAUUAUCUUCAUGUUGACGGCAGAGUUAGUAUGUCGUCAAAACAUUCUUGAACUUCGAAGACUGUCAAAAUAUUUGUAUCAGUUCCGACAAGCGCCCGGAUGUUGUACACCGGCCAUGUUGUAUCCACGCGCAAUAGUUGAGCCCUUGACCACAUACUUGACUUCAUUGCCUUCACCUCAGCAUACCGAUCUGGCCAUUUAUGACUUCGUUAUUCAAACUCAGACCCCAGCCUAUCAGCUGGAACCUAACCUGUUUCACCACAUCGGGAUGCAUUCGUCUUUAGGAACAGGUGAUAAAGAUGCGGAACAUUUUGUAUCAACUUUCAAAAUUAAAUAAUUCCAUUGAAAGGG